UGAUGGUGAUAAAAAGAAACCUCUUAUACUGAUAAAAGAAUUUCAACGUCAUAGCCUCAUAUCAAUUUGGAGUGUCUGUUUGUCCAAUAAAAAUCUUAUUGAGGAUGAGCUUUUUUUUUGGGGGCAGAAAUGCCAUCUCUCGACGGUUCAGUAAAAUUUUCCCAGAUGGUAAGUGCGAGUGAAAGUCCAAGUAUGUGGAGGUCCAAUGGCAUAUCCCCCACUAUUUUUUCUUAGUCAACCAGCAGCAAAAAUAUCAGUCAAAGAAGUUAUAAGUUGAGCAAUAGGAAUUAAUGUGGUUUUUAGUCUCUUCUUGAGUGUGUCUCAUAUUUUACUAUAUUGUGCAAUUUAAAUAAGUGUCUCUUUGGCAACUUGGUGGUAAAUCAAAUAUAGGCAUAUUCUAAUUCUUUGUGACCUCUACCCGAAUCCUAGGGUCAGUUUGCAGAUUAAACAUUUAUUCAGGUGUUAAUGCACUAUUUGUUCUUUGACUCUGUUGGGAUUGGGAGUGAGUUUUGUGGUGAGUGGGGGAGAUAUUGUUGAAUAACACCUUUGACUGUGAUUUCAAGUGAUUUGCAAUAUCACUGUCUUUUUGGUGGUGAGUGCGAAAAUACGCGGUGAUAUUGAGACAGAGUGAAGUUAAAAGUGAUUUGGCUAAGAUGCUGCUAAGUGUUUUAAUUAGUGCAAUUGUGGUGGGAUUGAGGGGAAUUUAUGGUCAUCCUUUGGGAGGAAAGGGGUUUGGUGGUGAUGGCGGUCUUGGAGGAUCUGAUCUCGCAGCUGGAUUGCAGUCGAAAGUUAGCCAAUUGUCCAGUGUGGCUCAGAAUGCUGUUCAAGCAAAGAUUCAAUCGAUUGGAAGUAUCAAAAGUUCCUUGACAAAUCAAGAGCACGUGCCAGAUUACUCCAGGCAAGAAUAUGAAGGACUUCCAUCCAAAGGAUUAUCUAUCUAUGACAAUCUUCAUGCCAAAUUUGGCUCUUUGACAAAUGCCCAACCAAUUGUGGAUUCAAUUCGCGAGGAGGAUAAAUAUGGAAAUUCUGGAGAUAAAUUCUAUCCAGUUGGCAGGAAGGUUGUAGAUGGUUUUGAGAGUUUCUCCAAUAUCAUCAAUAAAUUCUUCGAAGUACCACGUGAGAUUACACGGCAAAUAUCUCGUGGUAUUACAGAUAAACUCAAUUCAGUAGGAGCUAAAAUUGUUGGCUUAAUGUAGAGCUGCAAUUGCGAAAUAAUUUCUGUUGUACCUUGAAUUUCUUCCUCUCACUCUCAUUAAUUUUAUAUAUAAAAAAAAAUAAAAAUUCAAUAAAGUGCCUGAUAUAUUUUUUUAAAUCUUUUAUAUUUAUUUCACUAAAAUAUUUUAUAAAAUGUCUAUUAAAAUGUGAUAAACAUUUGGUUGAGCUGAGAAAUUCAGAAAAAAAGAUUGAUAUCAACUUUUUUGAUACUUUUUUUUAUACACUCAAUUUGAUGUUUUUGCGUUACAUUUCUUUUUAAUUUUUAUAUAUUGAAAAAAAAUCAUUAAGCUAAGAUAAUUCUACGAUUUAGGUAAUAGGUACUUGUUUUUUUUAUUUCUUGAUAAAUUUUAUCGCUCUUUUGAUUGGUGUGAUUUCUUUUUUGUUUUAUUUUUUUGGAAUGUUUACGAAACAUUGCAAUUUUUUGGCACUAAAUUUGUCUUGCUGUGAUUUAUUUUUUUGGCCAUUUUUAAUUAUUUUUUUCUUACUUACAACACAAAAGAAUAUUAAUCUUAAGGCACAAAAUUUGUUUUUGUUUGUUUGUUUUUUUAUAAUAAUUAAAUAUCGCUCAUUGGGGUUGUCUUUUAUCGAGAUAAUUCCAUUUUAUUCAUCUAAAUAGGAAUUUGAUCGGUGUCGUUGAACAUUAUUUUGUCCACUUUGGGGUUCAAUUGCAGGUGAAUACGAUUUGUAGGUUUGUGAUGAUUGCUUAUGUUUGACCGUACAGAAGAGUAGCAUUGAUGAUAUCAGUCCAAAUAGCUAUAAUAAAAAGCCAAUAGAAGAGAAAAAAAUUAGCAUAUCAUGUUUGGUUAUAUCUUAUCGUGAGAAUUUAAUUAUAUACCUGAAGAAAUGC